AUGGAUGAUGCUUUAAAGUCUGUCCCCACUGUGGAGGAAGCAAUUGAUCUCCUUAAGAGAACACAGGAAAUGUUAGCAGCUUCAAAUCUUAGGCUCCACAAAGUGGCCUCUAACAAAGCUGAGGUGAUGGAUGCGUUCUUAAUGGAAGAUCGAGCUAAGGGUCUACAAAAUCUUGACUUGUUUGUGGAUGACCUACCUGAUCAGCGAAGUCUUGGGGUAAGAUGGAAUAUUAUGUCAGACAUUUUUACAUUUUAUGCACCUGAAACUGAGAGACCAUAUACCCGCAGAGGAGUACUCUCCACGGUCAAUAGUCUUUUUGACCCGCUGGGUUUCCUGGCACCAGUGACUAUCCGGGGGCGCUUACUACUUAGAGAACUCUCGAGACACGGCAGUGAUUGGGACACCAACCUUCCAGAAGGCAUGCAUGAACAAUGGGUGCAAUGGCAGAGUUCGCUGCAGUGCCUCAGAGGCAUUCAAAUACCCCGUAUAUAUUCUGCUAUUCCACCUUCUAAUGCCCUGCACAUUGAGCUGUGCAUUUUUUCAGAUGCCUCUGUUAAUGCCAUUGCUGCUGUGGCUUAUCUCAAAUUUCUAAGCCAUGACAAGCAAAUAGAUGUGGGCUUUGUCCUCGGCAAGGCAAGACUUGCCCCCCGACCUGAACUUACAGUGCCCAGGCUGGAGCUAUGUGCUGCGGUGCUAGCUGUGGAGAUUGCGGAAGUCGUCAGUGAGGAAAUAGAUCUCCAGCUAAACUCCACUAGUUUUUAUACAGAUAGUAAAGUGGUUUUGGGUUAUAUUCACAAUCAAUCCAGACGCUUUAGUGUCUAUGUAAAUAAUCGGGUGCAACCUGAACAGUGGCAUUAUGUGCCAACAGAUCAAAAUCCUGCUGAUCAUGGUUCACGCUCCAUUUCAGCCUCCAUGCUUUCCAGUUCAACAUGGAUUACUGGACCUCGCUUCCUUCGCCUUCCACUAAAGAAAAUUCCAGAAGAACAAAAUAAAUUUGACCUCAUCAACCCAGAAAGUGAUGUAGAUAUCCGACCUGAAGUGAUCUCUUUGUCCACUUAUGCCUCUGAGAGUCACUUAAGCUCAAAACGGUGGGAACGUUUCUCUAGAUGGUCAUCUCUAGUCAAGGCUGUGGCUCAUCUCUGCCACAUUGCUGACUGCUUUGGGAAUCGAAAACAAGCAGAAGGCUGUCUUGGCUGGCAUAUUUGUAAGAAAGGCAUCUCAGAUGGAUCAUUAGUAAAGGCUGAAAGCUUAAUCAUCAGAAGUGUGCAGCAUGAGGUAUAUUCAAAAGAACUCAGAUGCAUUAGGGCAAAAUCGGACCUUCCCUCACAAAGCUCCCUCAUCAAGCUGAAUCCUAUCAUUGACAGCAGCAGCCUCCUCCGAGUUGGUGGGCGCCUCAAUCAGUCCGGACUUAAAUCAAAAGAAACUAACCCUUUCAUCAUCCCUGGCAGCCACCAUGUUGCAACUCUUCUUGUGAGGCAUCACCACCAAAAGGUACAACACCAGGGAAGGCACUUCACCGAGGGUGCUGUCAGAGCAAGUGGCCUAUGGCUGGUUGGUGCCAAACGGUGCAUAGGUAAAAUACUUAAUCAGUGUGUGACUUGCAGGAAGCUCAGAGGGAAAGUACAUGAACAGCGAAUGUGUGAUCUGCCAGCUGAAAGGCUCCAAAUGGAUCCUCCAUUCUCAUACGUGGGUGUAGAUUUGUUUGGUCCAUGGGAAGUAUCUACAAGGCGCACAAGAGGAGGUCAUGCAAACAGUAAAAGAUGGGCAGUACUCUUCACUUGUCUGUGUACUCGAGCAGUCCACAUAGAAGUUGUUGAAGAAAUGAGCUCUUCCAGCUUCAUUAAUGCAUUAAGGCGUUUCUUUGCACUGCGUGGUCCAGCGAAACAAUUAAUCUCUGACUGUGGUACAAAUUUUGUGGGUGCCUGCAGAGAAUUAGGAAUGGAAGCUCCAAAGCAAGGGAAGGUGCAGGAGUACCUACAAGAUCAAGGAUGUGCUUGGGUUUUCAACCCACCUCAUUCAUCGCAUAUGGGGGGAGUGUGGGAACGCAUGAUUGGAGUGGUACGACGCAUAUUAGACUCCAUGCUGUUGCAGUCUGGUCGUGUACGACUUACUCAUGAAGUGUUAACAACGCUAAUGGCAGAGGUCAUCACCAUAAUUAAUGCACGUCCCCUGGUACCUGUUUCGUCUGAUCCUGAACAUCCUAAUGUCCUAACACCUUCCAUGCUGCUCACCCAAAAAAUAGGCACGCCUUUUCUGUCUCAAAGUAACUUUGGUACAGGUGAGAUGUUGAGACACCAAUGGAAGCGUGUCCAAUACCUCGCUGAGGAAUUCUGGAGCAGAUGGAGAACGGAAUAUCUCAGCACUCUGCAGACACGACAGAAAUGGCAAAAUAAAAGGCCUGACAUCAAAGAAGGUGAUGUUGUCCUUCUGAAGGAAAAGCAAGUCAGGAGGAAUGAGUGGCCUAUGGGAAUAAUAAUGAAGGCUGUUCCUAGCAAAGAUGGAUUAAUAAGGAAGGUCGAGAUAAAGAUAGUUCAGCAAGGAGCAACAAAAAUCCUUUACAGGCCUAUUUCAGAACUGGUUUUUCUUUUAUCACCAGAUUAAAGUAUUUGGCUCAGUUUUUGGUGGUAUCUUAAAGAUACCAGACGGGGAGUGUUCUGG